UGAACGCAUCAAAAUCUUGGAUAGUGGAAUUUAUCUCAAGAAAAUUAUUUAGGCCGUCUGAUUUAUUUCCUAUGCCUGUGGAAAACAAAACUAACUUGUGUCUCUAUCAGGUCGCUGUCUCUAGGAAUUAUGUUUUGGAAAAUGCUGAAUUUGCUGUGGCUGAUAAUCAUCUGUUGUGUUACGAGUCAGAUGACCUGUUCAAAGAUGAUGAUAAUUUGCGAGACAGACAUAAACUCGAGCAGCUUCAGCAGUUCAAACACAUCUUUUACAGCCAUAAACAUGACAUGUUCACCAGGGUAUGAAAUACUGAUAGGAAACUUUUGCAUAGUGGAUGUCCAACAAAACACAUCGGUCCUGGGAGAAUGCAAUUCAUACCGUUUCAACAUAACAAACGAUGGGGGGAAUUAUAAAGUAAGAAUGAAUGACAUGGUUAAAAACAUUAUAAUGUGGUUUUUACCGAGUGGAUCUCGAUGUCUUCCAUCAGAAGUCCUGAAUUCAUCAGGAUCCACAUCAAAUAAUUAUGGGACUUGCCAGACACAGCAAAGCAGCUCUACCACCACCCAAUCUAUUUCCACCAUUACUAACAACCCUAGCAGCUGCCCUAACAGAUCACCCAUCAACACCUCCUGCAAUAACAUUUAUCCAGAUGCAUGUUGUUUGAAAACCCCUCCCGUUAAUCCUGAAAUUACAUGUAGAAACGCCUCAUAUGGAAAUGAUACAUGCACUGGGAACGAAAAAAGCAGAUACAUAAUGUAUUUAAAUGGCAGUGAAUGGAUGUGUGUGACCUGCGAUGGUGAAAGAUCGACAACUCCCCAGCCAACUACUAGUUCAACAUCAUAUACUACAACUAACACUCCAACUACUAGUUCAACAUCAGAUACUACAACUAACACUCCAACUACUAGUUCAACAUUGCAUACUAUUAACACUCCAACUACUAGUUCAACAUCAGAUACUACAACUAACACUCCAACUACUAGUUCAACAUUGCAUACUAUUAACACUCCAACUACUAGUUCAACAUCAGAUACUACAACUAACACUCCAACUACUAGUUCAACAUUGCAUACUAUUAACACUCCAACUACUAGUUCAACAUCAGAUACUACAACUAACACUCCAACUACUAGUUCAACAUUGCAUACUAUUAACACUCCAACUACUAGUUCAACAUCAUAUACUACAACUAACACUCCAACUACUAGUUCAACAUUGCAUACUAUUAACACUCCAACUACUAGUUCAACAUCAGAUACUACAACUAACACUCCAACUACUAGUUCAACAUUGCAUACUAUUAACACUCCAACUACUAGUUCAACAUCACAUACUUCAACUAAAACUCCAACUACUAGUACACCAUCACAUGCUAGUUUCAUGACAGGUUGGACAACUCCCGAGCCAACUGUCCCACCACCUGAGAUAAUUUUCACUCUAUCUAAUAAAACAAAUCAGACAAACACAGUUCAAGUUCAAGACCCCCAAGAGGCAGUAGAAAACUUGGAAAAAGUAGAGUCACUGGUGGAGGUAAUGGAAAAAAACAAUAAAACCAAUGCGGCGAUUGUCAUGGGGGAUGUUAUUGGCGUUCUCCAAAGACAACCCAGGGACAAGCCAACCAAAGACAUCAACAUAUGCUACUCUUCGAACCAGAACAUGAUAAACGUUGUUGAGAGCAACCAGGCUGGUUAUCCCUGGUCUGUAAAGAUUCCCAGAGAAGCCUUUAAUAAAUCACGUCAAGAAAACAAUGGAAGUGCAUUUGUUGGAGUUUUACGAUUUAAAAACAUGGAAAAUAAGGAUAAAACUCACACUGUUUUGGGCAAUGAGAGCUAUGGAAUAACGAUGGGUGCCAACAUCUCCAACCUUACAGACAAUAUUGACAUGACCAUUCAAAAGAACAAUAAACUGGAUGGAAAUGUGUCCUGCGUUUCUUGGGAUGGCAAAGGAGAGCUUAAAUGGACAACGUUCGGCUGUGAGACAAUAAUCGAAAACAACACCAUAAAGUGCUCCUGCUCACAUCUGACGUUCUUUGCAGUGCUGAUGUCUCUGCCAGCCAAAACAUCUUCGGAUUUGGAAUCAUUGACCUUAAUUUCUUCUAUCGGCUGUGGCAUCUCCAUUUUUUUCCUGUCCAUCGGUUUAUUCAUGCAUUUCCUGCUACGGAAAGCCAAGUCAAAUCAGGCAACAAAGAUCCUGAUGAACAUGUUUGUGGCUUUGUUUCUACUGAAUGCCUCGUUUUUGUCAAACGAGAGCGUCGCUAACACAGGAGACAACGCUGCGUGUGUCUUCAUAGCGCUGCUCCUGCAUUACUCCAUGCUGGCCUCAUUCACCUGGUUCUUCAUUCAAGCUCUUCAUAUGUACUUAUGGCUCAUCAGACAGAACGUCUCCAUCACAAACUACAUGAGGAAGAUCACCGUGUUGGGCUGGGUGUGUGCCGCUCCGAUAGUCGUAGGUAUUGCUUCUGGAGGAGAAUAUGAAGUAGUGACCCUCAACAGUACGUCUGGAAAAAUCGCACACAUGUGCUGGACUACAAAUCCUUAUAUUCACUACAUAGUGAACAUCGGCUACUAUGCUUUAGUUUUCGUCUUCACGGCAGGAAUCUUCAUCAUGAUCGUCACUAAGGUCUUUCAGGCCAGAAAAAUAAAAACUGUUGAUGGCAAGAGAAAGACGUUCAGAAAGCAGCUGAUGAUGGUGUUGAGUUUGUUCCUGCUCUUCGGUCUGACGUGGUCUGUGGCGUUCUUCAGUUAUGGACCGAUGCUCAUUCCCUCAUAUUACAUAUUCACUGUGCUGAACUCAUUACAGGGGUUCUUCCUCUUCCUGUAUUACUACCACAUUCACAAUGAUGUCGCGGGUCAGUUCUCUGAUGAUCCAGAAAACACUGACUCCAACACAACCAUCACUCAAUCCGGCAUUACUGCUGUGGAAAAUAUUUAUCACUAGUAUAAUUAGGACAGAAGGUCUUCUUUGUAUCAGAUUGAUUUCUUAAACUGAUUUGUCAUUGUUUAAGGGAAAACAGUGUAUUCUCACUAAUACCAAGCUCACAAACAAUACAAAGACAAAAGUAACUUAUGAAAAAGAAGAAUAGUUUAAAAUGAUGCAUGCACAUCCUAAAAUAAUAAAUUUUAGAGAAAAAACUCAAAAUAAUUGACUGACAAUUGUUAAUGAAACUUUAUUAUUGUAGAAGAAUUAAAUGUGAUAUAACCUGAUAUUCCUGAUGUUCAAUUUAUUAUAGUUAUAUAAUAAAUAGUUAUAAUCAUCAUUCUGUCCUCUAUAUGUGAUCAUGUGCAUUUCAGAAAGUCUCAACCAACACUAAGUUUCUUUUACGAAACAAAUUUGCAUCUUCGAUCUUUAUUAGCUAUAGGAGCUUGCGUAGAUAGCUCAAUUGGUAGAGCAUUGCGUUAUCAAGCGCAAGGUUGGGGGUUCGAUUCCGCGGGAACACUUGAUAGAUAAAAAUUGAUAGGCUGAAUGCACUUUAAGUUAUUUUGGAUAAAAGCAUCUGCUAAAUGCAUACAUUUAUUUAAUUUUACUAUUUGGUAAAUGAAAACAACAUAUGAAACACUGUCAGAUUGAACUAAUGUUUUCUGCAUUAUUUAAUGUGGUUUACAUUUACAGAUGCUGUUAUCUCUGAAUGACUGUCAUUAAGCUAUAAAAUCUCAUCAUUCUUCAUCAUGAUGGACUUUCGAUACUCCAAAAUUAUUUAUUCACUUCAGUCAAACUUGUAAAUAUGUGAAUGUACUUCAAAUAUGUGAAGGACUGCACUUCAUUGUUUCUAUGAAAAAAGUUCAAACUUGUUCAAAAAUUUCUGUAUGGGAAUAUGAAUGUAAAUAUUGCAAAUUAAUUUAAACAUGGUCUAAUUGCCUCUAAUAAAGGUCAAGCUUUUA